AUGAUCUUAAAACAAACUUCUCACACUUCGACAGCCGUUAGAGCGCGGCAAACCUUCAUGCAGAAGCUUGCCAAGGCACUGAUAUCCUUCGGAUUUCCGCCUCAUCGCCUGGAGCCGACACUGGACGCGGUCGCAACAUACCUCCAUCUUGACGCGACGACCUCGUUCUCUGCGAGACGUGUGCAAAUUGUCUACGAAGACAAGAAGACCGGGACAUCACUGACCAGAGUGAUUCGUGCGGCCCCAGCGCUGGCGCUUGGAAAGCUUCACGAUAUUCAUAUGAUCUAUCGUGCCGUCAUGCACGACGAAAUCAGUAUUGACGACGGAUCGCGCCGACUGGACGAGAUUAUUCGUGCACCUGAUCCGUAUCCACUAUGGGGCAAGGUUCUUAUUGUCUGGGGUUGCGGGUUGUUUAUCUGCCCUGCAUUCGGCGGCAGCGUCCUUGAUGCGCUCGUGGUAAGCGUUCCUGGAGCUCUCAUUUUCUUGGUGCAGCAGUACAUUGCUUCAAAGAAUAGCAACCUGAAGAGUAUCUCGAACAUGCUCGCAGCCAUCAUCGGCGCUUUCUAUGCACGCGGUCUCGCGAGCACCGGCUAUUUCUGUUUCGAGGCCAUCGCAUCUGCCUCCAUUGUGUUCAUUCUUCCCGCCUUCCCGGCUCUGUGCGGUGCCCUCGAGCUCUUGAACGAGAACUGGGAGCGCGCUGUGGCCUCGAUUGGAUAUGCCGUUCUCUACGUGGUCGUCCUUGGUAUGGGUCUGUCGAUCGGAUCCCAGCUUUUCUGUGACAUUGCCAACUAUACCCCAUCGAAUACGGGAACGGAAACCAUCACUGGAAUGUUCGUCGCCGGAAGUCAAACUGCGCCCCUGUUCCAAGGGUCAUUCACAUUCACGAACCAGACUUCCAGCAUCAGCUCCCUUGCUCAAGGCAAUGUGAAUUGUCUAUCCGAUCCGUCAUGGCCGUGGUGGCGCCAAAGCAUCUCCCAGUACUCAUGGACUUGGAUUCUCUACAUCCCUUGCUUUGCGCUCCUGCUUAGCAUGCUCAACGGUCAGCCUUUCAUGAAGAAACAGACCUUGCUCAUGGUCAUCAUCGCCGUGAUUGGACAAGCGGCCAAUCAAGCGGCCAAUCGAUGGCUUCUCGGUCAAACCUAUGUCGUCAAUGUAGUUGGGCCAUUUACACUCGGCAUUGCGGGCAUUGUCGCGUCCCGUCUCAGUCACGGCAGGCAGACCGCUUUGACGCUCAUGCUUCCCGGCGUGCUCGUCUCCGUUCCGGGUGGCAUUGCCGCGGCUGGUGGGCUGGCCAUGACUGAAGGUGGAACUAGUGAUGUUGCAAUCAAUGCCCUCGGUAUCGGCGGAAGGAUGAUUUCUGUGGCGACUGGUAUUUCUCUUGGACUGGUUCUGUCGGCCGCGGUCGGAUAUGUCGCUCAGUUGCACAAGAAGAGGACGGCCAUAUUCGCUUUCUGA